AUGCCUGGUGCGCCUGCGGCUGAAGCCCCGCAGUGCCAUGGCGUUGCGCCGUUGCGGCUAUGCUCCAGGGCGCGCGUGCAGGGCGAGGUGGAAAUGGUGGAGGUGGCUACCCAGAUUUGGCUGGGAGACUUUCUGACGGCCCAAGAGCAGCUGGAGGAGGCUGGGACUGCUUCAGGCCUUCUGCAGGCUGUACAGCAGAUACUUAGCGAGAUGCCACGGGCUGAAGCGGCUUCCGUGGCCUUCGUGGCAAGGCGCGUGUCGCAGGCUCUGGCGAAAGAGAAGCUCGGUGCCAAGCGGAUCCUGGGAACUCUGACGCUGCGAGACGGCGUGGAGCUGGGCUAUGUCCUAAUGUUGAAGGAUGCAGGGGCCCCAUUCGUGGUGCGUUUUGGAGGCAAUGCGGAGCUGGCUGCUGUGAGCGCACAGUCCGAAGUGGCUGAUUUGGUGGACGAGGGACUCUGCGAGAUGUGUUUGCUGGACUACCGUGGCUUUGGGUGGUCGGGUGGAAAGGCCUCGAUGGCCUCGCUGCGGCGCGAUGCGCAGGACGCCAUCAAGGCACUCCCGGGGAUACUGGCUGGACAUGAACGAUCACUAGAGGGCCGAGGACUGGUGCUUUUUGGUCGGUCCAUUGGCUCGCUCUGCGCCCUACACCUGGGUAUACUGGGCUAUGGGGAGGCCUUGAUUCUGGACUCGCCGGUGACGUGUCAAUGGCCUCUGGAGGCCCUGACCUCCUGGCCCCAGUUGGCAACCGCCUUAGCGGCGCAUGGUGCCACCUUGAAGCCUCCGGCGCGACGCAGAGUGUGCAUGUGUUGCACCACUGCGACGGCGCAAAAAUUGCAGAAGAGCAGGGAACAAUGCUAUUUGGAAACCGAGGACCUUGUUUGA